UUUUCCCCCGCUCCUCCUCCUCCCGAGAGAGAUGGUCGUGCAAUCGUUGAGCCCUGAUAUGGCGCUCGGCGAUCUCGCGAAGGGAUCGAUCAUCCCCAUGUCGACGGAGAGGUCGCUGAUCGUGGCCGUCGACGGCACUGCGGCCAUGGGGCCGUACUGGAAAACCGUCGUUUCCGAUUACCUCGAGAAGAUCGUCAGGGCUUUCGUGGGGAACGAGGUGCCCGCACAGAAAUCCAAUUGUGAUCUCUCUCUGGUCAUGUUCAAUUCUCAUGGGAAUUUGUCUGCUUGCAUGGUUCAGCGAAGUGCCUGGACAAAAGAUGUCAGCCGUUUCCUAGAUUGGCUCUCAGCAAUGUCUUUUAGUGGUGGUGGUUUCAAUGAUGCUGCUAUUGCAGAAGGUCUUUCUGAAGCUUUGAUGAUGUUUCCCAUUCCUCCGGACGGAAACCUACCUCCACAAAGUCUAGAUGGCAAAAGGCACUGUGUUCUCGUUGCUGCAACCAAUCCUUAUCCCUUGUCAACUCCAGUUUAUCGACCAACUUUUCAGCUGGAAAAUGAGCAUGUUGAAACUUACACUGGAGGACCUUUAUGUGAUGCUGAGGGUGUUGUGAAAUUUUUCCCUCAGUGCUGUGUUUCUCUCUCAGUUAUUUGCCCAAAGCAGCUUCCAAAACUUCGGGCAAUCUACAAUGCUGGAAAACGCAAUCCACGUGCAGCAGAUCCUCCGGUUGAUAAUGUAAAGAAUCCCCAUUUCCUUGUAUUAAUUGCGGAGAAUUUCCUUGAGGCGCGGGGAGCUUUGAGUCGUCCUGGAACAUCUAGUUUGCCCUCGAAUCAGAGUCCUGUCAAGAUGGACACAGCUCCACCUCCAGUUAAUUCGGUCACGGCACAACCUCCUACUUCUGUUCCACCAGUAAAUGGACUCUUACUGAACAGACAAGCAGUUUCUGCAGGAAAUGGCCCUCCUGCCAUUGUCAAAGUUGAACCAACCACAGUGCCUUCUAUGGUAGCUGGCCCCACCUUUUCUCACAUUUCAUCAGUUCCGCGUCCUACGACUCAAGGAGUCUCUGCCUUGCAGACUUCCUCACCUUCUUCUGUAUCUCAAGACAUGGUAACAAACAAUAAAGGCGUACCGGAUUUGAAGCCAGUGGUGAGUGGCGGCAUUUCACAACGACCUGGAGGUCCUGUAAAUUCAAGCAUACUAAACAACAUCUCUCAAGCGCGACAAGUGGUCAAUUCUGCAGCAUUGACUGGAGGGACUUCAAUAAGGCUUCAAUCUAUGGGUCAAAAUCCAAUGGCCAUGCAUAUGUCAAAUAUGAUUUCUACUGGGAUGCAGUCUACUGUGCCUGCAGCUCAAACAGGGUAUUCUUCAGCCCAAUCGGGCAUCACCUCAGUGACAGGUCCUGGCACUCUCUCGGGGACCAUACCAACUGCACAAAACCCAUGCCUUGGUUCAUUUGCUCCAGCAACUAGCAACAUUACUGGAAAUUCAAACAUUGGAAUAUCCCAACCAACUGGCAAUCUUCAAGUUGGUCCUGGUAUGGGUCAAACUUCUCCGGGCAUGACCCAAGGAAGCCUAUCAGGAUCACAAAUGGUGCAGAAUGGAGUUGGCAUGAAUCCUAAUAUGAUGAGUGCCCUGGGUCCAACAGCUCCCUCUUCCGGAACUGGCACAAUGAUACCUACUCCAGGAAUGCCUUCACAAGGACAAUCUGGCAUGCAAUCUAUUAAUGGUAACAACAAUCCAGGAGCAAGUAUGCCAUUGUCACAGCCAUCAUCAAGUGCUUUGCAAAGUGCACAGUCUAAAUAUGUGAAAGUUUGGGAGGGAAAUUUAUCUGGGCAAAGACAAGGACAGCCUGUCUUAAUCACCAAAUUGGAGGGUUAUAGGAGUGCAUCAGCUUCUGAGUCGCUUGCAGAUAACUGGCCUCCAACCAUGCAGAUAGUUCGUCUAAUAUCUCAGGACCACAUGAAUAACAAGCAAUACGUUGGGAAGGCGGAUUUCCUGGUUUUUCGGGCAAUGAAUCAACAUGGUUUUCUUGGGCAGCUCCAAGAGAAAAAACUCUGUGCAGUCAUUCAAUUACCGUCUCAGACACUGCUGCUCUCUGUGUCAGACAAGGCAUGCCGCUUGAUUGGAAUGCUUUUCCCUGGGGAUAUGGUUGUGUUCAAGCCGCAAAUACCGAGCCAACAACAGCAGCAGCAGAUGCAGCAACAACAGCAGCAGAUGCAGCAGCAGUUGCAGGCUCCACCACAUCCGCAGAUGCAGCAGCAACAGCUUACCCAGAUGCAGCAGCAGCAGAUGCCUCAACAGCUGCAGCCCCAGCACCAACAGAUGCAGAUGCUGCCCCAACAACAGCAGCAGAUGCAGCAGCUCCAGCCGCAGAUGCCACAACUGCAGCAGCAGCAGCAGCAGCCACAGCAACACCUCCAACAGCUGCAGCCGCAACACCCACAGCAGCAGCAACUUCAGCAGCUGCAACAACAUGCACCGCAGCAGUUGAUGGGGACCGGAAUGGGGCAAGGCUAUGUCCAAGGUCCAGGGCGUUCACAGUUGAUGUCACAGGGACCUGUUUCAUCGCAAGGGCUGCCGAACAUUCCCGGUGGGGGAUUCAUGAGCUAAUCUGAGAUUCUGAAGUUCCCCGCUCAAACCACAUUAUGCUCUUCAAUUCACCUCCUGUUUGAGACAAGUCUACAUUUUUCAUUUUUGCUGGAUAUUAGAAUCGGGGACUCGCCUUGGAAUUUCUACACAUGCCACCUGUUAUGAUUGGCUGGGUAAAUACGACCUUGUAUGGUGAUAGCAUUAUGCGGUAUCUUGUACAGAUUUUAGUUACCAAAA